AUGAUGCAGGCUGCCUUGCUCCUUGGGUGUAUCUUGCUGUCCUCGGUGACCGCCUUUCCGUGGAAGACUCAGAAUGGUGGCCUGCCAGCUGUCACAGAAACUGAGCCUACAUCACAUGUAGUCUCCAACAAGAUUCCUCUUCCAACCCCCAGUACCUGCCAGAACCUCUUGAACAUGUUGCCCCCCAUAACUCCUCUUCUGUCCGAUUAUCUCUUAGCACUGAGAGUUGUCCUGGAAAAUAUUGGCUGCCCUGCUGAGGCCUACUCUCUGCAGCUCCAGCACACUAAAACGGGAGGAAAAGCCGGCACUGAAACCCUGAUCCUCGAGAGUCAAGAGCGUAGCCAGGAGGAAGGGACUGGCAAUGGUGAAGUCAUUCUGAGGCAUCUGGUGCCAUCCCCUGGGGAAAUGAAGAGAGUCCAGCGCUCAGUUACCCUGCCUGAGGCGUGUACCUCUGAUCCCGGGUGGUUGUUGUCCGAGAUGGCACAGCUGAUGAUUGAGUCUGUCGAGAAGUUUCCUUCCACUGACCUGGUAAGAGAGCUCAAGGCUUCUGCAGUCAAUGUCACCCAGCAGUGUACCAUGGAGUCUUGGGACCAUUUGUAUGACGUAACCAAGAAGCUGAUGAAUGACCCAGAAUUGAAAGAGGUCGAGAUUCCCAUAGAACACCGACUGUACCUGUUUGGUCGACUUGCAGUCCUUAUGAAUCGUCUUUUCCUGAACGUUGUAUGGAAUUCUCUUCAGAACUAUUUUGGCUAG